CCCGUAUUGCUGCUGGCGCCUCGCUUCUUCCGGCAUGGCCGCCCGUCCUUUCCACUUUUGUCGCCCAGCGUCAUCCCCCCAAUCCAGAUCCUGCCCGACCUCUUAAGCACUUGGAUAUGCACAAGCGUGCCCUCAACUCGGCGGCCAGACAUGUGGACAGAUUCGUCAUGUCGCUAUGCAGCGUGGAACCCUCGGUCAAGGGCUUUGUCCUGCGCCGCCGCGCCCUCAUCGGCCUGCUCGGCCUGCUUCUCGGCAUCUGGACGGUGCGGUGGCUGAUGCCAAACGACGGGAGGCCCUUUUGGAUGGGCGAGCACGCACACGGGCCCGCCACCGGCGACGACAGCAAGGACUCGUCACAGGCCUCAUCGCAGGCCUCAUCGCAGGCCUCAUCGCAGACCUCACCUCAGGCCUCGGCCGACUACCGCGUGGACCUCUCGGAUGUGCUGGACGCGCCCUACAUAGGCUGGCCACUGAGGCGCGUAUGCGACGAGGUCGAGCCCCUGGACGGCGUGGUGUGGGUGUGCGACAAGAACUGGGGCGGCAUGGGCAACAUCCGCAACUUCAUCCUCAACUGCCUGCGCUACGGCAUCGAGGCCGGCGCCACCGGGCUCGUCAUGCCCGAGAUACACCUGCGGGACCAGGACGACAUCACCGACUACAUCACCCCGCUCAAGGCCCCCUUCGGCUACAUGUUCGACGACGCCCACUUCCGCGCCGCCAUGGCCGACAACUGCCCACACAUCACCAUCUUCAACUCCACGCGCGACGUGCCUCACUUUGACCCCGUCGCCGCCGCCGCCACCACCGGCGGCCUGGCCAUCCCGGAGAUCGACCCACGCACCCUGGUCAACGUGCCACAGAAGUGCGAUGCCGCCCAGACCGACCGCCACGUCGACCGCUUCGGCGAGAGGUUCCGCGCCUACAUGCGCACCGGCAACACUACCGGCAUCACGGGGACCGCCACGCUCCUGCAGCCGCCGUCCUCCACCGCCCCGCGCCUGUUCCGCAUGGUCGACAAGGACAAGCGCCCUGCGCUUCCAGUCAUGUGGGCGUGGCCGGUGCACCGCGACGGCCCCGAGUUUGCAAACACCUUUGGCAGCCUGCUCAAGUUCAACCCGCGCCUGAUGAGGCUGGGCCGCCGCGCCCUCGAGGGGAUGCGCGAGCUCUCGAGGACCAUCGGGGACGAGGAGGCAGAAUUCGUCAGGCGCGAUGCCGGCCCCGGCCCCGGCGAUCACGGCCGCGACGGCCGCGACGGCAGAUUCCUAGGCGUGCACCUGCGCGCCGAGAUCGACGCCGAGAAGUUCUGGCCGACGUACGCGGACCAGCGGGAGGCGUACCUGCGCAAGGCGGCCGACAAGAACCUGACGUCUGUGGCGUACGUGGCGUGCGGCGACGCGGGCCAGAUCGCGCGGUUCGGACAGGAUGCCCAGGCGCAGCUGGGCAUGACGGUGGUCAGCAAGACGGACGUGCUGGGGGGUGCUGACCUGGAGGAGCUGGAGGCCCUGACGUGGGACCAGCAGGCCAUCGUGGACUUUAUCGUGCUGGCCGGGAGCGACUACUUUGUGGGCAACUCGAGGAGCAGCUUCUCCAUCUUCCUCGCGCAGAGGCGCCACCUGCAGACGGACGGGCUGCACACGCGGCAGUACAAGGUGCGCUCUCAAGGCUUCGGGCGGAGCUUUGUCGUCGGUCCAAAAGAGCUUUAUUUCGACCACUGGUUGUUCAUUUGGGAUGCUGCAUGGCCAUGAGAUUCGGGCCAUUCCACAAGGCGUUGGUCGGCGGGUUGGGGGCAUUUUGUCUUUGUUACCUUACAGCGUUUCAUAGCCAAACUAAUAGAUAGAUUUCGGACA